AUGAGGGAAGAAUUAGAGGCAGAUUUAUGGAUGGAAUCGUCGGACCCUUCAUCAGUGGUGGAGUCUGUAGAGCCCGAGUGCUCGACAAUUGGGUUUGUGGUUUGCCAACUCGACCAAUUGGGCAACGAGUGUCCCGAAAGUUACUUCUGUCACAAUUCCAGUGCUAUUGAAAAACCCAACUAUGGUUUGUGUAGACGAGUGAAGGAAACCUGUGUUCCCGACGGCAAACAAUGCUGUCAUGACAUCGACUGUUGCAUCGAAAAUGAAUUGACGGCUCCUCUCAAUUGUGUCGAUAAGAUUUGUCGCUUCUUUUGGUCGCAACUAAUGCCCCAAUUGUUCACCUCUUUGUCGAAAGUGGCAAAAGUGCCGAAGUGUCCCAAAUAG